AUGCCCAAUGCCCCCAAUUUUUUUUUCUUUUUUACUUACAAAAAAUACCAUCAUAAUAAACCCAAACAAAGACGGCACUCGGUUUGCCACCAGGGUCUCCGAGCGGUUUGGCAGGCGGGUAUUUACAAGCCCACAGCGGAGACUGACCCCGGCAAGCAAGCAGCCACCGGAGUUUCCAAACUGCGUUCCCUUCUCACUCAAAGAAACGAGGGGGUUAUGACCAUGAUCAACAACAUGCUAACGUUAAACAAGAAAAUGUUACAAAAUAGAAAUUAUUACCAUACAUGUCCAGCAUGCAGGAUUAAUAUUUUUAAUGCAGAUUUUCGUAUUUUUUUCUAUAUAAUCGAGCAGGCAAUAAAACUGAUGAUUUUUUUUGCGCGCGCAGAAUGUUCUAACCGAGGUCCGCGUCUCUCGGGGGCUGAGAGCCAGGAUUCUCCGGACCUGGACGGACAGGUCCGUCUGUCGGUCCUUCCUCGCCUCGCGCCUGCCAGAUCGCCAGGGUCCCUCUCUCCUCGCAGCUCUCCUCCAGGCUGUGAGGAUGCGAGCGCCCCGGCUUAA